AUGAAUUUAUCACUGAUCAACUUGAUUUUAACAACAUUGCUUGCUGUUUUGGUGGAAUCAGCGACUGAUGGAAGUCCAUGCACAAACUUUGACAAAUCUUCAGGAAUCUGCAGACCUUUCAACAAAUGUGACUGGGCUAUGAAAAAAAUCAAAAGGAAAGAAAUUACUUCAAAGCAAUUGGUUCGAUGCGGAUAUAAAAAUCGUGAAGUAACCGUGUGCUGCAAAACAGAAAGCAAUGUACAAAACAAGAUGCAGAGCAUGAAAAAGAAUUCAUCGUCAAUCGUGACAAGUUCAAGAAAAUCUGUUCAAGCUUGUGACAAAAUUAAGAAAGUUCCAUUGCCAAUCCAUUCUGGGUAUAUUGUUGGAGGGAGUGCAGCUGGAAAAGGUGAAUUUCCACAUCAUGCUAUGCUGGGAUAUCCAAAUAAUCUAGAAAGCAGUUACUCUUAUGGGUGUGGAGGCAGUUUGAUUAGCAAAUUCUUCAUUUUGACUGCAGCGCAUUGUGUCAAUAGUGAACUGAAGAAGCCUAAAGUUAUUCUUCUUGGCAAGACUUCUUUAAAUGACGAUGAUCAUCUCAAAUCCAUAAAAAUCAGCAUAAGGGAAGUUUUCAUCCAUCCAAAAUUUACAUCCAGAAAAAAGUAUGACGACAUAGCACUGAUAAAAAUGGUAUCACCUGUUGCAUUUACAAAAUACAUUAAACCUGCAUGUUUGUACACAAAGACCGGCUUGUUGACAGAAGCAUCAAUUAUAACUGGUUUUGGAGUGAAUGAAACGCAGUCGGUUAAGAGCACAAACUGGCUAAUGCGUGCAGACCUGUAUGAAGUUCCUCUAAAUGAAUGUCGAAAGAAGUACGCACUCACUGGCUUACCAAAAUUACCAGACAAUCUUAGACAAACUCAAAUGUGCGCAACAAACAAGAAUGCUAAUGGAACUAUCAUCGAUGCAUGUCAAGGUGAUUCAGGUAUACCACACACGUUUCUAGAAUUAUUUAUCAAUAUUGAUUGACGUUUUUCGCGAAUGAAGGUGGACCAUUGCAAAUAAGAGGAACGUUUAACUACAGCACAUAUUACACAAUCGUUGGUAUUACAUCAUUUGGCAGUAGUUGUGGUUCAUCAAUUCCAGGAGUAUACACAAGAGUUGCAGAGUAUCUCGACUGGAUUGAGUCAAUAGUGUGGCCUAAGAAUGUCAUUGUAUGAUUUUUAAAUUUAUGAAUGGCUCAAAUAAGAUGCCUAGCUUGAAAAAGAGUGAUAAGGUCUGAGGGUGUGAGGUCCAUGAGACAUUUCUAAUUCAUUUCUAAUUUUAUACUGUCAUUUUCU